AUGAAUGAAUCAAGGAUUAGCAAAGCAGGGAUUAAUGAAUCAAGGAUUAGCAAAGUAGGAUUUAAUGAAUCAAGGAUUAGCAAAGCAGGGAUGAAUGAAUCAAGGAUUAGCAAAGCAGGGAUUAAUGAAUCAAGGAUUAGCAAAGCAGGGAUUAAUGAAUCAAGGAUUAGCAAAGCAGGGAUGAAUGAAUCAAGGAUUAGCAAAGCAGGGAUUAAUGAAUCAAGGAUUAGCAAAGUAGGAUUUAAUGAAUCAAGGAUUAGCAAAGCAGGGAUUAAUGAAUCAAGAAUUAGCAAAGCAGGGAUUAAUGAAUCAAGGAUUAGCAAAGCAGGGAUUAAUGAAUCAAGGAUUAGCAAAGCAGGGAUUAAUGAAUCAAGGAUUAGCAAAACAGGGAUUAACAAAGAGGGAUUAAUGAAUCAAGGAUUUGCAAAGCAGGGAUUAAUGAAUCAAGGAUUAGCAAAACAGACAUUAAUGAAUCAAGGAUUAGCAAUGCAUUAG